AUGAAUCGCGACAAGGGAGAGCAGCCGGAUGUCGGUACCUUGACCGGUGAUGAGGUGGCAAAGCAUAACUCGAGAGAAUCUUGCUGGGUCAUCGUCCAUGGCAAGGCAUACGAUGUGACGGAAUUUUUACCUGAACACCCCGGAGGCCCCAAGAUCAUCCUCAAGUACGCGGGCAAAGAUGCCACUGAAGAAUAUGCACCUAUCCACCCUCCGGACACCCUCGAUAAGUUCCUGCCCAAGGACAAGCACCUGGGUGCAGUCAACAUGGAAACUGUACAGCAGGAAGUGAAGGAAGAAAGCCCUGAUGAAAAGGCACGGCAAGAACGCAUCAAAAAUAUGCCUAUCCUGGAAGCAUGCUACAAUCUUAUGGACUUCGAAAGUGUUGCUCGUGAGGUCAUGAAGAAACCUGCCUGGGCAUAUUACAGCUCAGGAGCAGAUGAUGAAAUCACCAUGCGAGAGAAUCACAGUGCUUUCCAUAAAAUUUGGUUCCGACCAAAAGUUCUGGUCGAUGUGGAACAUGUCGACAUCAGCACCACUAUGCUCGGCACGAAAUGUGAUAUUCCUUUCUAUGUCACUGCCACUGCCCUCGGCAAGUUGGGCAAUCCCGAGGGCGAAGUGGUACUUACCCGGGGCGCCCGGAAACACAAUGUCAUUCAGAUGAUCCCCACCCUAGCAUCAUGCAGUUUUGACGAAAUCUGUGAUGCCAGAGAAGGUGAUCAGUGCCAGUGGUUGCAGCUCUACGUGAACAAAGAUCGUGCUAUCACAGAAAAGAUUGUGAAGCACGCCGAAGCACGAGGAUGUAAGGGCCUAUUUAUCACAGUCGAUGCACCUCAGUUGGGCAGACGAGAAAAGGAUAUGCGAAGUAAAUUCGAUGACACGGGCUCCAAUGUCCAGAAUACCAGUGGUGAAAACGUGGAUAGGUCACAAGGUGCUGCACGAGCGAUCUCCAGCUUCAUUGACCCAGCCCUUAGCUGGAAGGAUAUCCCAUGGUUCUUGAGCAUUACCAAGAUGCCCAUCAUCCUUAAGGGUGUUCAGAGAGUUGAAGAUGUACUCAAGGCAAUCGAAGCCGGCGUUCACGGUGUGGUUCUGUCCAAUCAUGGCGGUCGACAGUUGGACUUUGCACGAUCAGGUAUUGAAGUUUUAUCUGAGGUCAUGCCCGUCCUUCGGGAGCGUGGUCUGCAAGACAAGAUCGAAAUCUACAUUGAUGGUGGCGUCCGCCGAGCCACAGACAUCAUUAAAGCACUUUGCCUGGGAGCCAAAGGUGUUGGGAUCGGUCGACCUUUCCUGUUUGCCAUGUCCGCCUACGGAUUACCAGGCGUGGACCGAGCCAUGCAGCUUCUCAAGGAUGAGAUGGUGAUGAACAUGCGUCUGAUUGGUGCAUCCAAGGUCGAGGAUUUGACGCCAGAUAUGGUCGACACUGCUGGGUUGAAAUACCACACAGCCACAGUACCAGGAGAUACCUUGGGACUGCGAGCCUACGAUCCCCUUAUCACGCCCAAUGAGAUGCUCAAGUCCAAAUUAUAG